AUACAUUUCUGACCACGUGUUCUCUAUUAUUUUUGCAAGAAACAUCGAAACUGAAGCGCUUCAUUGAAUUCCUGUCAAACUCUGUGAUUUGUUGUUAACGUGAAAGCCACACAAAUAAAAGAGUGCAUCCGUUUUACAAAGAUCCUAGCCAUGGCAGACCCUGCCGUUCUGGAUGAGUUUGUGGACUUUCUUUCCGUGUCCGCUCGUCCGGACUUGAAAGCGACUGCAAUGCAACAAGUAAUGGGCAUGACGUCGUCUGGAGACGGCACACAGCUACUCCUCUCGCACGCUAAGCUACUCGCCGCUCUCGUAGAUUUGACACAAGACCCGAACGAAAAAAUUUCCGCGGAUGCUUACAAAUCAAUCAUCAAUCUAGCUGCAGAAUUCGAAAGCAAUGAAGAUGAAAACCUAAAUAACCUAAUUUCAAAUAAAAAGCUGUUGUCGGUGUUGUUAAAAACAGUGGUUGAGAAGUCUAGUUGUAAUGCGGACAACGCGUGCAAAGUGCUGUCAAAUUUAACCCGCAUCCCAUUUGGAUGCAGAAAUGUCAUGGAAUGUUUGGGAGAGACAGAUUUUCCCGUGGACUUGGUGAAGCUGGUCGAGGCAUUCUGUGCAAAGAGAUACAAUGAGAAAGGAGCUAGCUUGGACUACUUGGGGAUGGUGCUUUCCAACUUGACUCAAAUGCCGGAGGGGCGAGAGUUUGUCUUGGAUAAGGAGAGAUGCGUUGUGCAGAGGUUGUUGCCCUAUACUCAGUACGAGGGCUCGACUGUGAGGAGGAUGGGGGCAGUGGCUGCCCUGAGAAACUGCUGUUUUGAAACAGAUUACCAUGACUGGUUGCUAAGCGAUGCAGUGGACAUCCUACCGCAUCUGUUGCUGCCUCUUGCGGGUCCCGAGGAGCUAUCGGAGGAGGAGAUGGAAGGCAUGCCAGAGGACUUACAAUACCUGGAGGAGGACAAGAGGAGAGAGGAGAAUUCAGAUAUUAAGAAGAUGCUCUUGGAGGCGGUCAUGAAGCUUUGCGCCACCAAGUCUGGCCGCAAGACGGUGAAAGACAAGCAGACCUACAUCAUCAUAAGGGAAUACCAUCGAUGGGAAGAGGACCCAUCCUUACAGCAGCCCAUAGAGAACCUGAUCCAGUUGCUGAUUAUGGACGAACCGGAACCGGGCAUGGAAAAUCUCAAUGAGGUUGAAGUACCGGAAAAUGUUGUAAAAGCUCUGGAACAGGCUCAAUCAUGAUUACACUUCACGUGUAUUGUUGAUAGCUGAUCCCUACCACAAGAUAUUCUAAACACAGUCGAACACCUUUAUAACAAGGUCCUUGGGACUUUACGAAUUACCUUGUUAUAACAGGUACCUUGUAUUAACAGUAACGGAAA